UCCAUCAAAGAAAAUCUUAUUUCCCUUCCAUUUUUAAACAAAAAAAUGCCUCCUAAAAGAGGAAAGCCCAAAGCGGCCGCUGCUACCGAAGUCAUAAGCACCUCGCGCUUCAAAACAUUGAAGGUAAAUGAGCGGAUCUCGAUCAAAAACUUCGUGGAAAAACACAAGCUGAAAUUUGCAACUGGACGAGGAUUCUAUCAACUGACAAAGCCGGAGACGAUACAGUUCCACAAAGAGAUUGUCGUGAGACGAAAAUCGGACGACACUAUGGCUUCUGGAGACGAGGUUCGUGAAUUACUUGGGAUUGGAAAGGAAACAGCAAAAUUUAAAUUAGACAAGGAUAAAUUGGAGGAUUUUGAUGUGUUUGUACAGUCAACCUCAUACAACCGUGUCUUGAUGCCAGAUACAGAGUUCUUAUAUGACACAGGAGAAGGUGGAGUUGUCUCGUCAGAAGUGGAGGCAGCAAAACCAGCAGCAGCAAUUUCUGCAGAUGAUGCCAAGGAGAAACCCAGCACAAGCCGAGGAGUGGGCAGAGGAAAGCGCAAAAAAGCAGAAGAGAAGCCAACAGUUGACUCAGAGGUAAAGAAGGAAGAUAAAGCAUCAUCACCAGCUAAGAAAGCAAAACCAGCAGCAGCAAGUGCAGCAUCAGGAGGAGCUGACGUCAAAGAAAUAGUAUUCUCAUUUGAUACCACAGGAUCAAUGUACCCCUGCCUCACUCAGGUCAGAAAGAGGGUUGAAGAAACAGUCACUCGCCUCUUCAGAGAAAUUCCUGGGAUUCGCAUUGCUGUCUUUGCUCAUGGCGACUAUCAAGAUAAAGAAUCAACUUAUGAUACAAAAUGGGUAGACUUCAGUACAGACAAAAAGAAAAUAUGUAACUUUAUCAAGAAUGUAUCAUCAACAUGUGGAUAUGAUUCAGAUGAAUGCUAUGAACUUGUUCUUAGACAGGUUCGUGAAGAGCUGUCCUGGACACCAGACUCCCAACGUUCGUUAGUGAUAAUAGGCGACGCCUCACCCCAUCCCCCUUCGUACCACUUGAACACACUGAAAAUUGACUGGAAGGAGGAAGCUAAGAAACUCUACAAUGAGAUGGGCGUGCGGAUUUACUCGGUCCAGUGUCUUAACUACGGUGGCUCUGACACCUUCUAUCGUAAAAUCGCUGAGUUUACCUGUGGUUGGCACUUGAAGCUAGAUCAAUUCGCUUCCAUCGUCGAUUUCCUAACGGCCAUUUGCUAUCGAGAACAGGGAGUGGAGCAACUGGAAGCUUAUGAGGCAGAGGUCAAGUCAAGGUCAAAGGGCUCUGGGUUGAAUCGUAACUUGCAUGCCUUGUUUGACACUCUAGCCGGUAGGAGCACCAGUACCUACACCGGUGGAAGUGAUCACGAGGGACUGGAACCGGUCAAUCCGUCUCGAUUUCAGAUCCUGGAAGUCGACGAACGCGGCGACAUUCGCUCUUUCGUCGAGAAGAACGACCUUCCCUUCAAAACAGGACGUGGGUUUUACGAGUUCACGAAGCCAGAAAAAAUUUCGGACAAGAAGGAAGUCGUUUUGGUGGACAAGGCCUCCGGGGACAUGUUUACUGGACCUGAAGCAUGCGCAAUGAUCGGAGCGGGAGGGGCAAAUAAAAUCAAGCCCACGUCGUUUGACAAAUGGCGGGUUUUUGUGCAGAGUACCUCGUACAACAGGGUUCUGAUGCCUGGUACUGGGUUCUUGUACGAAGUGGACACAGAUCGCUGAUCCCUAUGAUUGACAGUUAAGCACUAAGAAGGUUUUCUCAUGGAAUUGUAAAUGGUUUCUUUUGACCCAGAAAGUGGGUGGAAAAUAGAGUGAAACUUUAGAGUAAUACUUUUCUGGAGUGAGGAAACAUAAAAUAAACAAACAAACAAAAACAAAACCAAAACCAAAACUAUCAAGAAAUCAAAAAGGAAAAAAAAAACAUAGAUUCAACCUACAAGUAGGCACAAGA